AAUAACCUCGCAGAGAAUAUUUCGUGCAAUUUUAAGUUCUGAAUAAACAGAUAAAAACCGAAAAACGUUAGCAACGUUAUAGUGAUGCAAAUACUAAAAUGACUGAGAUUCUUUGGAAAAGCAGUUUUAUAUGAAACCUGUGCGCACAAAUGAAAUUUUUCAAACCUUCAAACCAACGGUAUAUGCACGUGCUCGAACGUGUGCGCAGCGCAAACCGAAAUAGUAACCAAACAAAAAAAAUUAUCUGCGAAAACGUACCACAUGGGCAUGUAAAAGAACUUUAGUAAAUUUUCAUACCUGAAAAAAACAAUUUAUUGUUAAAGUAUAUAUUUAAUACAAUGAUAUCGUGAAGACACUAAUCAUUGAUAAUCCCAAUAUGGAAUACAUGAUCAGGAUAUUUCCUGCUAAUGGUGUUAAGUUGUUCAACAAAUAUUCAAGACGAUGUUUCCAAUUGCCGAGAUAUUGCAGCACAGAGACUUCGGAAUCGAAGAAGCAGAAAAAACCGCAUCCAUAUCGCAAUAUUCAUCCAUGGAAAUCACUUACACAAUUUUCGAACUCUCUUGUUGCAGGAGUAAUACACAAUGAAGAUGGCUUGGUUGCGGUAAACAAACCGUAUGGGAUUUCUGGAAGAAACCGGGAAAUCAAAAUCGACAAACCUACUCGUAUUGUCAACGAUGUCAAUUACUCAUUGGAAGAUGCUGUACCACAUAUCGCAAGUGCACUCGGUUAUCAAUCAUUGCAACUCAUUAAAACUCCUGAAAAGUUUGCUAGCGGAAUAGCUUUACUUUCUGCCAAUGAAACAGUUCAAAAUGCUGUUGAAAAAUCAUUAAGGCGAGCCGAAGGAAUGAGAAUACUGUCAAAAACAUAUUGGGUAGUUACAACAAAACUGCCAAAUAUGAUGGAAGGUGAAAUGAGAUUAGCCAUAAGACAACAACCAGAGCCUGGAGGAACAUUCACUCAGCCAGUUAUUAUUACAUCUUGGACAAAAAAGGAGCAAAAAACUCGAGAAAUUAAGAUUUUAAACGUGCAGUUCAAGGUGAUCUCGAAUGCGAUCGAUAAUAUAUCAUCUUUGGUGCAAAUAAGAUCAUCGACGGUCAGAUGGCACGCGCUUCGUUUGUUAGCUGCCACAGUAUUGUACAGUCCGAUAUUGGGUGACGAAAAAUAUGGCUCUAGAAUUAAAAACGUAUUGGGAAAAUGGGUAAACGUUAGUCCAUUCGUAGAUGCUGCUAAAGAACCACCAAAGCUGGAUAAACAUUUUUUGAAAAAAUUGGAUUUACAACAGGGGAAAGAAUCACUGAUACCUACCCAUAUACAUUUGCGAGAAAUGUAUUUACCAAUGUAUAAAAAAAAAGAUCGCACAUUAAUUUUGACAGCACCUCCAAUGCCUGAAUUUACAUGGACGUGCAAGCAAUUGCGAUUCAAACACGAUUUAUUCACCAAUGAAAAAACAAAUCAGACAAAUGACAAAGAAUGUGAAGAUAAAGAAUUUGCGAGACACCAAGCUGUAACUUGAGUACAGAUGCCAUAUUUUUAUCACGUAAUUAUUCAACAAUGACUGGAGAUCACUAUUUUUCAAUAAACAAAAAUGGAGUUGUUCUAACGAUAA